AGUGUGGCGUGCUGAGGGGUAGGGGGUCCCUGCGUGGGCGCGGGGCCUGAGCGGCCGUCGGAGGUGCGCGGGGACCUGGCAGUUUUCCUUUCGGCGGCCUGCCGAGGGCGCGGGGACCAGGGCGCCGGCCGCGCCGGGGGUCCCCGCAGCCCCCUGGUUUGUCUGUUGCGAGAUGGCAAAACAGAAGAGAAAAGAGAGCAGAGUGGCAGAGAAAAAGAGCAAAAACCUGAAGGUGUCAGCUGCACAGACGCCCCCAGCACCCGCAGCCCCGCCGGGCGCCGGGACGGCCCCUGCCAAGGGGUCCGCAUCCGCGUCCGUGUCCCCGGAGGAGCAGAGGGUCCUGGAGAGGAAGCUGAAGAAGGAGCGGAAGAAAGAGGCGCGGAGGCGGCUGCGGGAGGCGGGCAUCGCUGCGGCUCCAAGCCCGGCGAGCAAGCGCUCGGGGGCCGCGCUGGCCCUGGAAUACCUGUGCAGCUGGGCCCAGAAGCACGAGGACUGGAGGUUCCAGAAGACGAGGCAGACCUGGCUGCUACUGCACAUGUAUGACCGUGACCAGGUCCCUGACGAGCACUUCCCCGCCCUGCUGGCCUAUCUGGAGGGGCUCAGGGGCCGCGCCCGCGAGCUGACGGUGCAGAAGGCGGAGGCGCUGAUGCGGGAGCUGGACCAGGCAGGCGCCUGCGCCCUGCCGCCCGGGGGGACCCAGCGCGCCCGGCAGGUGCUGCAGCUGCUCUCCUAGCGGGCAGCUCGGGGGCACCUGGGCCCCGUGGACCCCAGCGAGGGCAAGGGCCCUGGGUCUUCUGGGUCCUGCACCCCGGAGGGCCUGCCUCUCUCUCCUGACUCCUCGACCAGGAACUCUUCAGAGGAGAAGACAGGUUACCCCCUCCACGGUAGAAUGCGGUCACUCUGAAAUGACCUGGCCUCCUGGUGGCCCACAGGCUCCCACAGAAGCUUCUCAUUGUGGGAAACGUCUUGUUUUUCUACCAGGACUAUGCUAGAGGUCAGAGCUGGCCUUUCCUGCCAGCUGCAGCCCAUCCGCGUGGGGCGUGGCCCCCUCCUCCGGCUGAUGGUCCCUCCCAUGCGUCUUCGAGGCCACCUGUCUUCAAGGCCACCUGCCUGCCUUCGCUGAUGGCUGGGCUGAGGUUCAUCCAUUGCUCCUCCCCCUGGCUGUAUUUUCAAUAAAAAACAGGCCCCUGGGGGGGGCCGUGGUUCGUCACGUGA